AUGUGGAGAGAAGAAGAUAUAAAAGAUUAUGAUGGGGAUGAAAGGAGGUAUGCAAGGAAAGAUACAGAAAAAAGAUAUAGAGAUUAUGGUAAGGAAGAAAGAAUGUAUGAAAGGAGAGAUAGGGAAGAAGUAAGGAAGGAAAGAGAUUUUGAGAGGGAGGAUAAGAAAGUGAAAGAAAAGAGUGAAAGAAAACUUGAGAGUGUCAUUGAAAAGAAAGAAAAGAAAGUGGAAGAGGAACAAGAAUUGAUAGACAAAGAGCAAGAAAUUGACUAUAACUAUUUGUCUAACUUUGUUGAUUCUUAUGUACAUGAAUUUGAAGAAGUGUCUCCAAAGAAGGAUUGCCAACAAUACAUUGAAUUUGAGAGUAAAGAUAAUGAUGAGCAAACAAUUGAAAGUACCUUCAAACAAGACAGUAAGAUCAAUGGUACGUUGAAGGUGCUUGAAGGUGUUGGGUCAACGGUUCUUCAAAAUGAUGUUUGCAAGCUAACUUUGAGAGAAAAUGAAAGAAAAGAGUAA